AUUCUAUUACUAAAUUAAUUGUAGAUUAUCUAGGUAGUAUCAAUAAAAAAUGCGUCUACUUUUUAUAGUUUUAACUCUGUUUAUUUCAACACUUUAUGUAUUGGAUGCAAACGAUGAAGUGGAUGCUAAUGUUAAUGAAGCCAAUAUUGGAGUAGAUGCUGACCCAGAAGUACUUAUGGACUGUCCCCGACCCGGUUGGUGCCCACCUUUUGUAUCAGCUGAAGUACUUCAGGGUAUUCCUGCAAUAUGUCCAAUAGGUCAACGUGCUUGCGGUAAUGCCUGUUGUGAACCGGGACAGUUGUGUAUCAAUGUUGGCCUAUUGGGUGUUGCCGUUUGUCUCGGUACUGGCAAAUAAAAUUGAACUCAAACAGGGAUACUAAAAAUUAAUAUUUAUUUAUAAAAUA